UAAAAUUCAUAUCAAAAAAGAAAAUCAUAAAACAAAGAAAAAGAAAAAUGGUGAUCACUUCCAGCUCCAUGUUCUUAUUUCCCACAGCAUCUUCUUUGUUGGUGACAAUAAUGUCGAUUAUAAACUUGUUGUCUCUUACUGCUGCCGGAUAUAUGGAGAUGAGUGGCAAAAACAAGCAGUAUGCAAAGUUUUGUGAUUCCAAUGCUUCAAAAAACCCAAAAGAUGAUAAAAACUUUCAUCUGAAAAGUAAAAAUGGGAUGCUCCUUUUCUAUACACCAUCCUACGUUGUCGCUAUUGCUUCCCUCGCCAUAUUUCCACAUCAAAAUCUUCGAUUUCUUAUGGUUUUAUACGCUAUCACCAUUCAUUUCUUCAAAAGGAUCGUUGAGGUUAUGUUUGUUCACAAAUUUAGCGGUUCAAUGAUGCUUGACGCUGCAACAACGAUUGGUUUAAGCUAUGCGGUGUCGAUUUCUACAGUGAUUUAUGCUCAAUAUCUAUCAAUGGAAUUUCCCGAGCCUUGUAUGGAUCUCAAAUACAUUGGACUUGCCAUGUUCUUGGUUGGAAUCGUUGGAAAUUUUUACCAUCAUUAUAUUCUUUCUAAUCUAAGAAAGAAUGGUGACAAAGCGUAUAAGAUCCCAAAAGGCGGGUUGUUUGAUUUGGUUAUAUGUCCGCACUAUUUGUUUGAGAUCGUCGGGUUCAUAGGAGUUUUGUGCAUUGCUCAAACGAUGAGUAUGUUUUGUUACACUCUGGGUACCAUAUUCCUCUUGAUGGGUCGGAGCCAUGCAACCCGAAAAUGGUAUGUUUCAAAGUUUGGCGAAAAGUUUCCCAAGGAUGUCAAGGCCAUAAUUCCGCACUUAUUUUAAUUAGUCGCAUUUAUGCAGGCGUGAUUAUUAUUGAUUAAUAUUAUAUUAACCACUAUCUAUUACUCGUAUCUAUUAUAAGUAUAAAUAUCGCAUAGAAUUAAGCUGUACGUGAUCUCUAAAUAUAUGGCGAUCGACGACGACAUGCAUGAAGUUUUUAUUACUUUUUGUUAUUAUUUUGAAAUGGCUCCUAUUAUAUGAUGUUAAUAUCAAGUAAGCUGCCUUUUGGUCUUCUUAAUAUCAAGUAAUUUAUUGUAAUA